UCGCCUUUCCAGAGGCGAUUACUGGGCAGGCUCAGUCUUUCGCCUCAGUCUCGAGCUCUAGCUGGCCGCCAAGCAUACGUGCUCCGGGAUAUUCUGUACCAGCGGCCGCCAUCGCCGUUGCUUGGGUUCCUCUGGACUCGUCUGCGCCACUCGCCCGCCACACACUCCGCCGGCAUACGCCGCCAUCAUGGUGAAGCUCGCAAAAGCUGGUAAAAAUCAAAGUGACCCCAAGAAAAUGGCUCCUCCCCCUAAGGAGGUAGAAGAAGACAGUGAAGAUGAGGAAAUGUCAGAAGAUGAAGAUGAUGAUAGCAGUGGAGAAGAGGUUAUCAUUCCUCAGAAAAAAGGCAAGAAGGCUGCCGCAACUCCAGCAAAGAAGGUGAUGGUUUCCCCAACAAAAAAGGUUGCAGUCGCCACACCAGCCAAGAAAGCAGUUGUCACCCCUGGCAAAAAGGCAGCAGCCACACCAGCCAAAAAAGCCGUUGCACCAGCCAAAGCAGUAGCAACACCUGGCAAGAAGGGAGCCACCCCGGGCAAGGCAUUGGUAGCAACUCCUGGUAAGAAAGGAGCAGCCACCCCAGCCAAGGGAGCAAAGAAUGGGAAGAAUGCCAAGAAGGAAGACAGUGAUGAGGAAGAUGACGAGGACAGUGAAGAGGAGGAUGAGGAAGAGGAGGAUGAAGAGGAGGAUGAGUUUGAGCCGGCAGUGAUGAAAGCCGCCGCUGCUGCCCCUGCCUCAGAUGAUGAGGACGACGACGACGAGGAGGAAGAUGAUGAGGAUGAGGAAGAGGAUGAGGAUGAGGAUGACGAUGAUUCUGAAGAAGAAGCUAUGGAGACCACACCAGCCAAAGGAAAGAAAAUCCCUGCAAAAGCCGUUCCUGUGAAGGCCAAGAGUGCAGCUGAAGAUGAAGAUGAGGAGGAGGAUGAUGAGGAUGAAGAUGAGGAGGAUGAUGAGGAAGAGGAGGAUGAUGAUGAGGAAGAAGAGGAGGAGGAGGAGGAGGAAGAAGAAGAAGAAGAAGAGCCUGUUAAAGAAGCACCUGGAAAGCGAAAGAAGGAAAUGGCCAAACAGAAAGCGGCUCCUGAAGCCAAGAAACAGAAAGUAGAAGGUACAGAACCAACUACAUCAUUCAAUCUUUUUGUUGGAAACCUGAAUUUCAGCAAAUCUGCUCCUGAAUUAAAAACAGGCAUUAGUGACAUUUUUGCUAAAAAUGAUCUUGCUGUUGUGGAUGUCAGAAUUGGUGUGUCUAGGAAGUUUGGCUAUGUGGAUUUUGAAUCUGCUGAAGAUCUGGAAAAAGCUUUGGAACUCACUGGUUUAAAAGUCUUUGGCAAUGAAAUUAAACUAGAAAAACCAAAGGGAAAAGACAGUAAGAAAGAUCGAGACGCAAGAACACUUUUGGCUAAAAAUCUGCCUUACAAAGUUACUCAGGAUGAAUUAAAAGAAGUAUUUGAAGAUGCUGUGGAAAUCAGAUUAGUCAGCAAGGAUGGAAAGAGUAAAGGGAUUGCUUAUAUUGAAUUUAAGACAGAAGCUGAUGCAGAAAAAACCUUGGAAGAAAAGCAGGGAACAGAGAUAGAUGGGCGAUCUAUUUCCCUGUACUAUACUGGAGAGAAGGGUCAAAAUCAAGACUAUAGAGGUGGAAAGAAUAGCACUUGGAGUGGUGAAUCAAAAACUCUGGUUUUAAGCAAUCUCUCCUACAAUGCAACAGAAGAAACUCUUCAAGAAGUAUUUGAGAAGGCGACUUUUAUUAAAGUGCCCCAGAACCAAAAUGGCAAAUCUAAAGGGUAUGCAUUUAUAGAAUUUGCUUCAUUUGAAGAUGCUAAAGAAGCUUUAAAUUCCUGUAAUAAAAGGGAAAUUGAGGGCAGAGCAAUCAGGCUGGAGUUGCAAGGACCCAGGGGAUCACCUAAUGCAAGAAGCCAGCCGUCCAAAACCUUGUUUGUCAAAGGUCUGUCUGAGGAUACCACAGAAGAAACAUUAAAGGAAUCGUUCGACGGCUCUGUUCGGGCAAGGAUAGUCACUGACCGGGAGACUGGGUCCUCCAAAGGGUUUGGUUUUGUAGACUUCAACAGUGAGGAAGAUGCCAAAGCUGCCAAGGAGGCCAUGGAAGAUGGUGAAAUUGAUGGAAACAAAGUUACUUUGGACUGGGCCAAACCGAAGGGUGAAGGUGGCUUUGGAGGUCGCGGUGGAGGCAGAGGUGGCUUUGGAGGCCGAGGUGGUGGCAGAGGAGGCCGAGGUGGAUUUGGUGGCAGAGGCCGGGGAGGCUUUGGAGGGCGAGGAGGCUUCCGAGGAGGCAGAGGAGGAGGGGGAGACCACAAGCCACAAGGAAAGAAGACGAAGUUUGAAUAGUUUCUUCCAUCCCUCUGUCUUUACCCUCUUCUGUUUGAAAGAAAAGGACUCUGGGGUUUUUACUCUGUUACCUGAUCAAUGACAGAGCCUUCUGAGGACAUUCCAAGACAGUAUACAGUCCUGUGGUCUACUUGGAAGUUCGUAUAGAUAACAUUUCAAGGGAGAUACCCUGUUGGUUUUGACUGGAUAUUCAUAUAAACUUUUUAAAGAGAUGAGUGAUAGAGCUAAUCCUUAUCUGUAAGUUUUGAAUUUAUAUUGUUUCUUCCCAUGUACAAAACCAUUUUUUUCCUACGAAUAGUUUUGUUUUUGUUUUUUUUGCGUUGGGGGGGGUGUAAAGGAAAGCAGAAUGUUUUAUCAUGAUUUUUGCUUCAGCAACUUUGGGACAAAUUAAAAGUCCUAAACUCUGGUGCCA